AUGAGGUCCCUCUACAUGGCAGUCGGCCUGCUCAAGGACACCGUCGUUCGUCAUCCAGACGGAAUUCUGUCACGAGUUCUGUCCAUUCCGUUGGUGGAGCUUUGGAUAGCUCUUCCAACGCUUGGUCUAAUUCCCUCCAUUUCAACGCUUCUGCAACCACCUAUCGUUCGGACUGGCCUGCAGCCUCACACAUCGGCUCCGUCAUCGAGUUCACACAAACCUCCCAAUGCUCGCGACAUCCCACCAGUUUCCUUGACCAAUAUUCCAAUUAUCGAUCCCGCCGAGUUCAAUCCCUAUGUUGCACAAGUUGGAGCACUAUAUGAGCAGCUUCGACGAGUCAAGGAGAGCGGGGACGAAUCUGUGAUCAGCUUCCGGAACUCCAAGUCGGGUGAGCAGUCGGAUGCGGACGGCCUACUCCGACCGACAACGAAAUCCCAUCGGCGAGGUUCGACUGCUUCGGUUGCUUCACUGGUAUCUAUCGAUGCAUUAAGCACCGCACGCAAGCCUAGUUCCGGCCUUGGCCGAAAAGCAGUGCCUGGAACUUCGCCCUUGUCGACCAUUCCAACAGUCUACUUUGAUGAAGAUUUUCAUCUUGAAAAUCCGAGGACAUUUGAUGUUGUCAGCGAACGAUCAGAGGUAAUCCGGCCUAUAUCACUGGGCAAGGACAGUCCUCCCGGCCCCCCGGCCCCAAGAAAAGCUCUAGCAACGAAUGCUAUCCUUCAAGAGAAACUGUCCUGGUACAUGGACACCAUUGAAGUCCAUCUUAUUAAUUCGAUAUCGACGGCAUCGACAACAUUCUUCACUGCUCUUGGAUCUUUAAAGGAACUGCACUCAGAAGCUGCCGACUCGGUGGAAAGGAUAAGGGCCCUAAGAGAAGAGCUAAAGGCACUUGAUGAGGAAAUAGCAACUAACGGCGUGUUGAUUGCUGAGAAACGUCUGCGGCAGCAGAACCUACAGCAACUAAAUCAUGCUAUAUGCCAACUACGCUACGUUGUUGACGGGGUUGGCCGCUGCGAUUCAUUGGUUGAUGCUGGUGAAGUAGACGAAGCUUUGAGCACCAUUGACUCAUUGGAGAAGCUCAUUGCAGGUGAGCGUGAGGAAACAGAAGGAAUGGAGCCGCUGGCCAUAGAAUUACGCGAUUUACGAGGAGCUUCCGCAUUGCAAGGCGUUGACCAAGAUUUGAACGCCUUGCGCUUCAGAAUUGGAAAGUCUUACGAAUCACAAUUCUCCAAUGUCUUGCUAGCAGACUUGCGCAGACACGUAGAGUCUGUUUCUACUGCGGAUGUUCUUCUUCGAUGGGACAAUGCGGCAUCCAGGGGCCGGGGGGGCCACUCUCGAUCACCUUCGAUAUUCCCGACGUACCUCACAGCAACGGAACAGCUCAAGGCACAGCUUAUGCCCAACAUGAAGGGUCUACAUCGUGCCAAGCACGUUGUAACGGCAGCGAUAGCUUAUCGAGAUGCAGUUCUUCGUGAGAUUCGCAGCUUGAUCCGACGCCCUCUUCCAAGUUCGAGCGACGACGACAAUGAGUCCAUGUUGUCGCUAUCGACAACUAGUGGAAGCAGGCACUUAUCAAGUCAAGAAAAAUCCGCAAAUUUGGCAAGAAAUUUACGGGCACUGGAUGCAGAAGACGCAGAAGAGCUACUCGUCAAGAUCUAUGUCGGUGUCACCGAAACCUUGAGACGACUGACCACCCAAGUCAAGGUGCUACUGGAUAUCACGAGCUCUUUGUCGGAUGCAUCUGAUUUGGAUGAUGUUAAGUCACCACCGGCUAGGUCGCCUGUGACGAGCCCCCGCCCGGAUCGCCAUAUUUCCAAUCCAAUGGCUGCCGCCGAUGUCGAACUACAGGAAGAACUUCAUAAGAGUCUGGACAUCAAUAGUCUCCUAACCCAAGCUGUUGAUAUCGCAAAUGACAAGAUCGUCAGGAUUAUCAAGGUCCGUACCGAGCAGGCUACUCAUCUUCCGUUGGAUCUAUUUCUUCGAUACUUUACCCUUAACCUCUAUUUUGCAACCGAGUGUGAAGCCAUCUCUGGACGAAGCAGCGCUUCUUUCAAGACGGUGGUUAACGGACAUAUCAAAGAGUUUGUUGAACGAAAUCGCGAUGCAGAGAUGCAAAGGCUAGCCCAGGGCAUGGAGUCGGAUCAGUGGAAUGCAAAAGAUUUCACAGACAGCGACAUGAAGCUCCUGGAUCUCAUACUAGGCUCUAGCACGCAGGACGUCUCAGUGUGGACAGAGAACAAGAAGAUAUGGAUCCCGUACCGCGAGCUGCAAAAGCCGGACCUUGUAACAGAGUCUGCCGAGACGAACGGGACUAGCAAAGAUAAGACAAGGUCGGCGGUCAUUGAAUCGGAAAAGUUCAUCCUACCAAACUCUGCAGUCCUGUGUCUGAAUGGAACAGGGAACUUUUUGCACCUGACUGCAGGCAUACCGUCAAUGGCUACAGACGUGGCGUCUUCGUUAAUUGCGUAUCUCCAACUGUUCAAUUCUCGAUGUACGCAGUUGAUUCUCGGCGCAGGUGCGACGCGUUCUGCAGGCUUGAAGAAUAUCACCACAAAGCAUUUGGCUCUUGCGUCCCAGGCACUGUCAUUCAUAGCCACACUCAUUCCUCACAUCCGAGAGUUUGUACGAAGCCACGCCGGAUCUGGAGCUGGAGUCUCCAGCUUGACGGGAGAGUUUGACAAGGUCCGCCGUUUGUUACAAGAACACCAAGGCAGCAUCCACCAAAAGUUGGUUGACAUCAUGAGCGGUCGUGCAGCGAUUCACGCCAAGAGCAUGAGAGCUAUUGACUGGGAUUCGGCCAGGCCAGAUGUGGUGCAGCCAUAUAUUGAAAUUCUUGUUAAGGAGACGACCACGCUACACCGUGUUCUCACCAAACAUCUUCCAGAGACGUCAACUCAGGUGAUCAUGGGGCCUGUUUUCGCGAGCUACAAAGACCAGCUGGGGGCCCCUCUCGGAGAAGCUGCUCCCAGAACAGAAGCUGGGUCGCAAAGCAUGCUGCGAGAUGUGGAGUUCUUCUCAUCACGGCUGGGGAAGAUUAAUGGUUUUGGGGACACUGGAGAUUUUCUUGCCAAUAUUGUCAAGUCCAAAGAAGUGAAACCGAAGACGCCAGAGCCAGCGGAAGAGGCUGCGGAACCAGACAUCAAGGACAAGACAGAAGACGGCAAGAAGACGGAUACAGACCCUGCGGCGGAGACUGGUGAGGAGAGUGUAGAUACAAAGGAAGGGAGCAAAGAUGAGAGUGUGUCGGAGCGGAGCGACAAGGAGCCCAAGGACUAG